AUAUAUAUAGGCGUGGACAUUGUCCCCCCUGGUGGCACCUCUGACUCAAGGUCGGAGACGGCGUGCAGCAGGUGGACUGCCUUAAUAUAGCCUGAACAUGAGCUUAUUGCACUGCCCACGCCCCCACAUUGGUGUCUUAACAGCCCUAUAAGCAAAUGUGUCACACUUCAGUGUUACCGGAACACUUUACUUUGCCGUGUGUACUUAGCAAAUAUAAGCGAAAGAACAGAAGGGUAUUGACUACAGAGGAAAAGAAAGAAUAACAUUUACUUCAUUUUGGGAGCUGUCAGUAAGUCACUUGAGUUUUCAACCAGCAUGGGACAACACGAAUCCAAAUCCUCUGUUGAAGCCCGCGUUAUUUUCCACCGCUGUUGUCCAGAAGACAUGAGCCUGAAAAUGGAUCCUACUCCAUCCUCCGUUGUCCACAUUCAGAGGAAGGUGCCCUCUCCGGUGAGAUGCCUACAUCAUUCUGCCCAGACCACGGAGAAAUCCUCAGCCCACUCCUGGCCUCUGAGUCGUUGUGACACAGAGGGACUGGUGUAUGUGAUGGAUAACCCAACUGGUGGCGUCUGGGUGAAACCGAGGGAAAAAUGGACCCGAUCCUGAUGGGAAGAAAGUUCGAUCAAUGGAAUGCCAUGGAUUUUACUGGAAGAAUCAGUCGAGAUGUGACUGAAUACCUUUCUGUUCAGGUUCCUUUCAUUUGGGUUCCCUAAGGCUGAUGUUCAGCUACUCUGCAGCUUGUGGAGCGGGGCGAGCGUGAAGGCCUGUUAGUCUCUGGGGAGCAGGUUGUGCACCGAUCACUGCAGUGAUUUAAGUGUUACUGUGGGUUACGCUGAGCAAGCAGAAGCCUGCGUUUACAAAGUCAGUGUUACAUGUGUACUGCCAUGUGUUGGUCAUUUAUUGGGCAUUGAUCCAUUGGAUUUUGCAAUGGAUACAAUCGUUUGAGUAAAAUAUACUUUAUUAUUUUAAAAAGAAGUCAAAACAAAAAGAGAAGUCAAGUCGGAUAAAGUGCUUGAACCACUUUCAUUGGAAUGUGUAUCAGUAGAACCUUCCAAAGUCUGACCUAACCUUUAUUUAUUUUUCUCUCCUUUUUAUUUAUUUAUAUUCAUUGCUAGAGCACUGAAAAGAAAAAAAAUACAACCGAUUUGUAUUUAUUAUGUUUUGAUAUUUUAGUUUGAAUGUAAAACCUUGAGAAUUAGAACUGGUGCAUUUUUUUUAAAGUCAGACCACAUUUGUUUUCACUUUAAUUAUUAUUUGUGCAUAUGUGUUUUUUUAAAUUAUUUAUUUCUUACUGAAAGAUGUGGUGUGUCUGACCCCAGUGUUUACAUUGAACAUUUUAGCCUCUGUUGUUUUGAGUACACAGACUCCCUGAAUAACAUUUUCCACACUUCAUUGAAGUUUAGCUGCCUAAUGCAACUUGAUUUAUACUUAAGCAAGGGGAAGGCGUAAAGAUUUAUAGUCUUGUAUUAUGAUGGUCAAAUAUUGCUUAUAUUUAAAAUAUUUUAUGAUUAAUUGGAUUUGUCAUUAAAACUGUGUUGAGUGGAUUUUUAAAUUUUUAAAAAAUGGAAAUUUAUUGUCACAGUCACAUGUUGACUAUAGUACUUUCUGACACUUGGAGGAGCAGAGAUAUGUUUGUUUACCCCAAAGGGCUGUUUGACAUGUCUGCACACCAACAGUGCUAGAAUUGCUGAAAUUAGCAUCAUAUUUACUGAUUCCAAUUUGGUUAUAAAUUUAAAAAAAAAUUGUUCUCUUUUGAUGGAAUCUGGUGAUUUUUUUUUUGUUUUGUUUUACUUUUGUGGUUUCAAAUGCACUUUAACUGCUCAGAGUUGAAGUAUAUGGUUCUGUAUGCAUACAUUUUCUAAAACCUACUUUAAAGUGAAUAAAAUCCUUAUUGAUUUUGUUGUGAGAAAAGGGAAAGUUCAGUUGCUUGUUUUGGUGUUUCGAUCACAAUAGAUACAGAAAAGUAUAAAAGCCAUCAUAUUUCGGGCACUCAAACUUGAAUUAUUACAGACUGUUCAAAACACAGUUUUGAUUUGUGAAGUUCGAAAAGUAAUAUUCUGCUUUUAGGACCACAAAGAGGAUGGCAGGGUGCCAUUUAUUCAACAACCGUCACUACCUGUUAAACAAAUACCUAAUCACCCAUUAAUGUUCCCAUAAAAAUAUGCUGUCUAAAUACAUACAUAUUUUUUGAGUCAUAUGUUUAGCAGCAUGUAAGCUAAAUGGUUAAAGAAAUAUUGUCAAGAAUGAAACUAUUUCUGGUUGGUGGAAACAUCGUUCGACUAUAAAUGAAGGAUAGGUCGAAACUUUGCCCCUUUUUCCGCGACUUGUCAGUGUACAGUGAAUCAUAAUCAGCACCGAGAUAAUAGCUUAUCUAUUAAACUCCGGGCAACGCAUUGUGCAAACAGUACACCAGGCCGGUCAUGCAGCUGCGCCUCACACCAUUAAAGCGUCUGUGUGAAUUCACGCCGCCAUGGGUCACCCGAUCUCCAAACAACCACAGGUUCAAGUCCUUCUUCUGGGCCUGGACAAUGCUGGAAAAUCCACUCUCCUCUACAAAAUGAAACACAACGUUGGCGUCUCCACCGUCCCGACGAUCGGCUUUAAUGUGGAGAUGUUGGACGCCAGAAAAAACAGGAAGAACAUCUCCGUGACCGUGUGGGACGUCGGUGGUCAGGGGAAGAUGCGCGAACACUGGCAGGACUAUUACCAAAACGCGGCAGCCGUAGUGUUUGUGGUGGACGCCUCGGACUUUGGGCGCAUGGAUGAGGCGCGCAGCGAGAUGAAGAAGGCGCUGCGCAGCGACCAUCUGCGGGGCUGCCCGGUCAUUCUGCUCGCCAACAAGCAGGACGUGAGCGGUGCGCUGACCGUCACCGAGAUGAAGGAUAAGUUCAACAUGAGGGAGAUGUGCGUGGGUCGGGACUGGCUCGUUCAGCCUUGCUCCGCUUCGACGGGUUUCGGAGUCGAGGAGGCUUUUAGGCGAGUGGUUCAAAUGGUCAGACUCCCCCCUUAGCCUGGAGCUGUCAAAGACAAUAUCAAUAAGCUUAUUAUGUAAGACUCUUCUAACUUAUUUGCGCCAACAGCGAACUUAGCAGUCAUAUUAUGCAAAUAAUUGUUCUGUGGAGUUCACAGAACAAUACAUGUCGUAAUAAGUUACUUUUUAAGCAUACUGCAUUUCCAGUCAUGUUUCAAAGUGGUUCGAUUAUAAUGAAAUAAAUUACUUUGUUUUGAUUAUGCAACUUCUCCUAGACGUUUACAUUGGUAUUCAACAGAAGACAGAAGUGGACGGACAUCGUCAGCAUGUCCACCUUGCUGGUUCUGGAUGCUCCUUAAACAGCCCCUUUUGAAAUAUGAAUACACAAAGUACAUUCAUUGUUCAAUGGACAUUUUUGAAAACGGUCAUUCCGAGUGUAUGAAGUGCAAAAGAAAACUUUUGGGUUUUCGACAUCUGAUGCUUGGGAAACUCUUGCACUAACCGCAUCGGCAAAAAUAUUUCGGAUUAAUUUAAAGUUGUGGUGGCUGAGCCUGUGUGAAAGUGUUUCUAGACGUUUAUUAAUUUACCACUCUGUUGUGAAAUCUUAUUGAACUGUGCUGCUGCUAUCUUGCCCAGGUUUGUAAACAAGAUCUGUUAUCUCAAUAGGGCAAAUCAGGUUAAAUUAAAAAAAUAAGUCAUUUUC